AUGGCGUUUAGCUUCGGCUUUGCUGGAGAUGAUAUCGACAUCGAUGACACUGAAGUUAAAAAUGAGUCUCCGUUUGUUCCCGCUGCCGCUGGACAGGGGGCAAGCAAUUCGCUUCCUGAGUUGGUGAAGGCCAACAAGCAUGACAUGGAUGAAUGGCUCUCUAUUCUGCCGUCGCAAAUAUAUUACAACCGACUAGAAAUCGGUGGCACUCAGAUAGUCAUCGCCCGUCGGGAAAUAUUCGAUAUCCGCACUCAAUUGAUGGCUGAGGAUAACGAAGGACACGACAACGAGGAACUUAUCUCCGGCCUGGAAGAAGGCGACUUGAAGCCCAAUUUCUACGAAGGCGGCUUCAAGACGUGGGAAUGUGCUCUGGACCUAGCAAAACUGGUCACAAGUGAAAACCCAACCACCCAGUCCCCAGAAUCACAAACUACUACCCAUACCAUCGAGCUUGGUGCAGGAACUGCAGUCCCAUCACUGGCUCUGUUCGCGCAUGCAUUGAGCCAGACAGAGGCAGUGGAGAACGGGGCUCCAAUUCGGAAAACCCAUUUCACAUUUGCAGACUACAAUGAUUCCGUCCUGCGUCUCGUCACACUGCCUAAUCUCAUUUUGACUUGGCAUAUUACCAAGUCACAGGAUGCUACAUCGGUAGUUGAAAGCCAGGAUGGUGUUCCACCGGCUAAUACUACCCAGGAUGAAGAACUGGAUAUCACGUCUGAACUACUCGAUGCCUUCAAGGCUGACCUUACGCGGCGGGGUAUUUCCCUGAGCUUCAUUUCUGGUGCCUGGUCCCCUGAAUUCGUGGAGCUUGUGUUUUCUUCACCUUUCGGAAGUGGAGACGAUUGUCAAACAUUGGUUCUUGCCAGUGAGACAAUCUACUCCCCUCUAUCACUGGUUGCAUUCUCCGAAACUCUUCUGGCGCUACUGCGUCGCUCCAGCACCCCUUCAAGCAAGACUCGGGCUUUGGUGGCUGCAAAGAAGGUCUACUUCGGAGUGGGAGGGGGCGUCGAUGAAUUCCUCGCCACAUUAAAGAAUGUUUGUGCUGAUGAAUUGGAAGUUCAACAGAAGGUGGACAUCCAGUCGGAAGGAGUCGGCCGAGUUGUAUUGGAGAUUACACCAGUCGGAAAUGGCGUGCAGUAG